AUGCGUGAACCAUUCUCCGAGUUCUUUGGCGUCCUGAUCCUCGUCCUAUUUGGCGACGGAUCUGUCGCCCAAGUGGUGCUUGGAAAAGGCGCCAAGGGAGACUGGAACAAUAUCAACUGGGGAUGGGCACUAGGGGUCAUGCUUGGUGUUUACUGCGGCGGCGUCUCAGGCGCCCAUUUGAAUCCUGCCGUUACUCUCGCCAAUUGCAUCUUCCGCAAGUUUCCGUGGAAGAAGCUUCCAGUAUAUGCUCUCGCUCAACUUCUAGGAGCCAUGGCCGCGUCACUUAUUGUUUACGGAAACUACAAAUCCGCGAUCGACGUGUUCGAGGGUGGACAAGGUAUACGGACUGUUGGCCUGGAUACGUCUACUGCAGGCAUCUUUUGCACAUAUCCAGCUCCAUUCUUAACCAAGACGGGGCAAUUCUUUGACGAGUGUAUCGGCAGCUCUAUUUUAAUGUUCUGUCUCUAUGCUCUGCUAGACGAUGGAAACAUUGGUGCUGGAAAUCUGACCCCGCUUGGCCUGUUCUUUGUCAUCUACGGGAUUGGAGCCUGCUUUGGCUCCAACACUGGCUAUGCAAUCAACCCUGCAAGAGAUUUGGGCCCCCGGAUUAUGUCUCAUGCAGUUGGUUAUGGACACCAAGUCUGGACGGCAGGAGACUAUUACUUCUGGGUUCCCGUCAUCGCGCCAUUCUUGGGCUGUACAUUCGGCGGCUUUCUCUACGAUACUUUUAUAUAUACCGGUGACAGUCCCAUCAAUGCCCCAUAUAUGGGUUUCACGAGAUUCAUGGGUGUUCAUGCCAAAGCGAGGAGAACAGCAAUGGUCUGA